UUAUAAAAGUUGAGCAGUUUGGAACGAGACUUCCUCUCGAGCCGAGUGAGUUCUUGCUUCUCUGCUUCGAGUAGCCGACUCGACCUUUCUUACCAGAUAUUGGAUUACCUAUCAAAACGGUGCAGACGGCCCGGUCCGGCCCCAAGACCAUUCAGUCAUUCUCCAUUCAGUUCAGCCUCAGCCCUCAAGCUCCCUGCCUCCCUCAGCCAUUCAGCCUCACUUAAGUCACUCCCCCAGUCCCCAGUCCCCAGUCCCCAGUCCCCAGGCUGACCCCUGACCUCGUCUUCUCUCCCACUCCCAGUCUCUCAGCACGCACGACGCACUCCCAGCUCCUCGUUCGACUGACGAUGAUGACGGCCUACGAUUGACGUCCGACGACUGACGACCUACGGUGCUGCCCUGCUUCUCGGUGACGACUGACGCUCCCCAAGUGUGCAAGUGCUACACAGCACACGAACACAAACAAAAGGCCAAGGGGACACUGUUUUUUUUUUUACUUCCCUAACCCUUUGACGAUCGCCAUACCAUGGGGAAGACCAAGAAGAACAAGAAGAGCAACAAGAAUUCCGGUCCUGAUGCAGUAGCCAUGAAAUUGAAAGCAUCUUCUAAGGGCGCCGACAACCCUUUUGAGUCCAUCUGGUCUCGAAGGAAGUUUGACGUCCUCGGACAGAAGCGCAAGGGGGACACCCGCCGCAUUGGCCUCGCUCGCUCCCUCGCCAUCGAGAAGAGGAAGAAGACACUUCUAAAAGAGUACAAACAGAGCACUAAGUCUUCGGUGUUUGAGGAUAAGCGAAUUGGUGAGGGAGAUAAAGCACUUGAUGAGUUUGGCAAGGCUAUCUUGAGAACCCAGCGAGAACGCCAGUUGAACAUGAAACUAAGCAAGAAAAGCAAGUAUCACCUGUCGGAUGAAGAGGAUGAUUUUGAUGAACCUAAUACUUUGGGUUUGGAAAGAGAUGAUUUUGAAGAUGAAAUGCUUCCAGACGAUGAUGGUGACGAAGCUUAUGAAACUAAACGAAAAUCAGCUUUGGGGCUGCAUAUGCAGAUUCCAACGGAGACAAGUGUGGCUGAAGGUGAAGCAAAUAAGAAGAAAACUCAUGCAGAGGUUAUGAAGGAAAUUAUUGCAAAAAGCAAAUAUUUUAAGGCUGAAAAAGCCAAAGAAAAGGAAGAAAAAGAAGAAUUGCUUGACGAAUUAGAUAGGAAGUUCACUUCUUUGUCUCAAUCUCAAGCAUUAGUUUCUCUAAGGAAACCGAAUAGUAAUUCUCAGCAGGAAAAACCGGAUGAGUAUGACAUGCUUGUCAAACAAAUGGGACUGGAGAUGCGUGCUCGUCCUUCAAAUAGGAUAAAGACACCAGAAGAGAUAGCUCAAGAAGAAAGAGAACAUUUAGAGGAAAUGGAGGUACGAUUACUUGAUUUUUUUCGAUACAAAACUAACGAGUCCCUUUGUUCUUCCUUUCAUGAUGAAGACAAUGAAGAUUCAGAAAAGGCAUCUAAGCAAAAUCCAAGAUCUCUAUCUGGUGAUGAUCUUGGUGAUUCCUUCUCUCCAAAUGAAGAAACUAUGGCUAAGAAGGGUUGGAUUGAUGAGAUUCUUGAAAGAAAAGAUGAGGAAGAUUCUGACAGCGAAGAGAGUGAUGGUGAAUAUUCUGAUGACUUAGGAAGCUCUGAAGGUGCGGAUGAGGGAUCUGAUGAGGAUCUUGAUGAUCAUGAGAAGGAUCUUUCUUUAAAAGAUUGGGAGCAGAGUGAUGAUGAUAAUAUUGGAAUAGAUCUGGAAGAUGAAGAUAACGAGGAAGAAAGCAAAGAAAGAACUUCAGAAGAAGUUGAUGGGAAAAAUGUUGUGGAUAUGAGUUCAAAGAAAGACAUGAAGGAUCCUUUACAAGCCAAAAAAAUAUAUGUUGGAGGAAAACCGUCAAAAGAGUUACCUUAUAUAAUUGAAGCUCCCAAGAACAUUGAAGAAUUAUAUUCCCUGCUGGAUAAUUGCUCUAUUUCUGAUACCAUCCUAGUAAUUAACCGGAUUCGGAAAAGCAAUCCAAUCACACUUGCAGUGGAAAAUCGCAAGAAAAUGCAAGUAUUUUAUGGGGUAUUAUUGCAGUAUUUUGCUGUUAUGGCAAACAAGAAACCUUUGAAUGUUGGGUUACUCAAUAUGCUAGGGAAACCAUUGAUAGAGAUGAGUAUGGAGAUCCCGUACUUUGCUGCAAUAUGUGCUCGUCGCAGAAUAGAGAGUAUUAGAAAGCAGUUUGUUGAGAGCAUCAAGAAUCCAGAAAGCAGCAGCUGGCCUUCUACAAAGACAUUAUUUCUCUUGCGAUUGUGGUCCAUGAUAUUUCCAUGCUCUGACUUUAGGCAUCCAGUUAUGACCCCUGCGAUUCUAUUGAUGUGUGAGUAUCUCAUGCGUUGCCGAAUAGUAUCUGGUCAGGAUAUUGCCAUUGGCUCUUUCUUAUGCUCAAUGCUUCUCUCUGUAUUUAGACAGUCAAGAAAGUUCUGUCCUGAAGCAAUAAUGUUCCUCCAAGCUGCGCUGAUUGCAGCGGCUGAGAGUAAUAUUUCGCAUGCAGAUUCUCAGGCCUAUCAACUUAUGGAACUGAAAGCUCUCAAGCCUGUGCUGUGCAUAUGUGAAACCGUAAAUGAGAUCAGUCCUCUGAACUUUUUCCACAUAAUGGACAUGCCGGAGGACUCUUCUAUUUAUUCUUCUGAUAAUUUCAGGGCUAGUGUGUUAGUUGCCGUUAUCGAAACUCUACAAGGAUAUGUCGAAGUCUAUGAAGGCUUAAGCUCGUUUCCUGAAAUAUUUUUACCAAUUUUGAGGAUUCUAUUUGAGAUAUCAGAACAGAAAAAUAUGCCAAAUGCAUUAACAGAGAAAAUUAAAGAUGUGACUGAGCUAAUUAAGGCGAACAUAGAUAAACAUCACACUUUGAGGAGACCACUUCAAAUGCGAAAACAAAAGCCAGUACCAAUCAAAUUAUUGAAUCCCAAGUUUGAGGAGAAUUACGUCAAGGGUAGAGAUUAUGAUCCAGACCGUGAACGAGCCGAAAUGAGAAAGUUGAAGAGACAGUUGAAGCGUGAAGCAAAAGGAGCUGCUCGUGAAUUGCGUAAAGACAAUUAUUUCUUGCUUGAGGUGAAGGAUAAAGAAAGGUCCUUACAAGAAAAAGAAAGAACUGAGAAGUAUGGUAGAGCUAAGGCAUUCCUUCAAGAACAAGAACAUGCUUUCAAAUCUGGACAACUAGGAAAAGGGAGGAAGAGGAGGAGAUAAAUUUAACUUCGGCUUUCUUCGAUACUGCGUUAACGAAUUGAGAGAUGCAUGGGCCCCUACUUCACAUUAAAGACCUCAAGGGAUUGCUUUUCUCCACUUCCCGCCCAAUCUUUAGGAGUUGGAGAAGAAAUGAUGCAGGUUAAUCUUCUUGAAAAGAAAGUGUGUGUUGGUGAUUGUUAGCGGGAAGAUACCAAUUUUGUUUGAUAUUUAAUACUUAAGUGGUUGUAAUAUUCAAAUUAGAGAAAGGAGUCCUAAAAGUUUGUACGCUGAAAGGUGAAUAAUAUAGAGGCAAAAAAUUUAGUUGGAGUAGUGCUAACUUUUUUUUUCAUUUUAGUUUUCAAUGUUAGAUUUAUAAUUUAGGAACCGGUGUUUAUGUUGUUUAAAAAAGUCAUUAGUUACCUAGCAUAACUCAAAUACCAAACAUUAUUAAUCCUAAUUUGCCACUAAGCCAUUCACGGCAGCGGUAAAAGUAGCAGCAAAAGUUUAGUGGUGUGAGCAACACUUCUUCUUUAACUGAUAACUGCUCUUUAUUUUACUCAUCAAUUACAUGCUCAUUGUCUUUAAUGGCCGAUACGUCAGUGAAGAAGAACCUCUCCCUUUCCUUCACUUCUACUUCCCUCACCAUUCAAUUUUUCAAUUUAGAAAUUUAAGGUUUUUUAUUAAUAAUAUAAAUUUUGGGCCCUGUUUUUGUUUUGUUUUUUUAUUAAUUCAUUCCAAAACGCCAUUGUUUAGCCUAUUUUUUAAAAAUCGGAAAAAUCUCUGAUCGUGCAGAUCUGCGGACAACGUCAUUGUACCAGUAACUUCAAGAGAAAGAAAAAGAGCAAUGAAGACCAUCUUUGAUUUGAGAGAAGCAGAGGAAAAUAAACGAGGAAAGGAAAAAUCUGCAAUGUCAUUGUAUCAGUAGCUUCAGUGAAAAGGUAAAAGAGUAAUAAAGAGCAUCUUUGAUUUGAGAGAAGCGGAGGAAAAAUUGAAGGACUUUUUAAGCUUUCCAAUCCUUCCAAAGUGCAACACACUAACUUCGUUCAUCAAGUUAUUUUACCUCACCUUUCUAACUCACUCACUGUCAUUCCACGGUCACUGCCUCGUUUCCAGCUCCUCUGCUCGUCUGUGUGCUGCCCCGGUGUGCUUCACCAAGCUCGUCUUCAUCUUCGUCGAUCCGGCCUCUGCUUGUCUCCAACCCGGUCGCAUCGGCUCCAUCUGCAGUGUGCUUUGCAGCCGUACUCGCUUUUUAUAUUAGUUUUGGUUUUGCAGUUGUAGAGGUAAUUUUUUUU